CAUGGUGGCUCACGACGAGCUCGGGGGGCUGCUGCCCAUCAAAAGGACUAUCCGGGUGAUCGACGCGCAGAACCAGUCCUUCAGGGAGCAGGAGGAGCCAAGCAAUAAGCGGGUUCGGCCUUUAGCACGGGUCACGUCCCUGGCGAACUUGAUCUCUCCUGUAAGAAAUGGUGCAGUUCGACGCUUUGGGCAGACAAUACAGUCAUUUGCCCUUCGCAGCGACAGCAAGUCUCCUGCCUGUGCCCAUAAGUCAUGUAGCAGAUCUGCUGCUCCCACUCCUCCUAAAAGAAGAAACAGCGUGCUUUGGUCUGAGAUGUUAGAUGUCAACAUGAAAGAGUCCCUGAGCACCAAAGAAAUCAAGCGCCAGGAGGCAAUAUAUGAAAUGUCCAGGGGAGAGCAGGACCUGAUCGAAGACCUGAAGCUUGCCAGAAAGGCCUAUCAUGAUCCCAUGCUGAAACUCUCUAUCAUGUCCGAGGAGGAACUCACCCACAUCUUUGGGGACUUGGAUUCUUAUAUUCCUCUGCAUGAAGACUUGUUGGCAAGUUUAGGAGAAGCAACAAAACCAGAUGGAACAGUGGAGCAGAUUGGGCCCAUUCUUGUGAAGUGGUUACCACGGCUCCAUGCCUACAAAGGUUACUGUAGCAAUCAGCUGGCAGCCAAAGCGCUUCUGGAUCAGAAGAAGCAGGACCGAAGAGUGCAAGACUUCCUUCAGCGCUGCCUUGAGUCUCCGUUCAGCCGCAAGCUGGACCUUUGGAGCUUCCUGGACAUUCCUCGAAGUCGGCUGGUCAAAUACCCGCUGCUCCUAAAAGAGAUCCUGAGGCACACUCCCAAAGACCAUCCCGAUAUCCAGAUUUUGGAAGAAGCCAUAUCUAUCAUCCAAGGAGUCCUCUCUGACAUCAACCUCAAGAAGGGGGAGUCGGAGUGCCAGUAUUACAUCGACAAGCUGGAGUAUCUGGACGAGAAGCAGAAGGACCCGAGGAUUGAAGGCAGCAAAGCUUUGCUGUGCCACGGGGAGCUGAAGAAUAAAAAUGGACAUAAACUCUACGUCUUCCUCUUCCAAGACAUCCUGGUUUUGACCCGGCCGGUCACUCGCAACGAGCGUCAGGCCUACCAAGUGUACAGGCAGCCGAUCCCUGUCCAGGAGCUGAUCCUUGAAGACCUGCAGGAUGGUGAUGUGAAAAUGGGAGGAUCCUUCCGAGGAGCUUUUGGCAAUUCCGAUAAAGCUAAAAACAUCUUCCGAGUUCGUUUCCAAGAUCCUUCCCCGGGCCAGUCCCACACUCUGCAGGCCAACGACGUCUUCCACAAGCAGCAAUGGGUUAAUUGCAUCCGAACGGCCAUCGCUCCCUUCCAGCGGACUGCGGCCGCAGCAGAGCUGAAGGAGCUGCCGGAGCUGAGCGAGGAAUCGGAGGAAAACAACCCCUCGGUCUCCAACAUCCAAGCCCAGAAGAGGCAAUCGGCCGUGUCUGGCAUCACCGAGAUGGAGCUGGACGAAAGCGCAGCCGAGUGCGGCUCCAUCCUGGACUCGGAAGAAGCCAAGGGCGGCAAAACGCAACGAACGUCGUUUGGGCACAGGAAAAGCAGGGAGAAGCAGCUGAGCGGCAAGCGGAAAGAAACGCUGGUGUAGAGGAGCCCAGCGACGUCCCGGUGGAAGACUGUUUAUUUAUAAAUAACGUGUACAUUUUUCUUGUAACGUGAGCAUGAUUGGAUUCACUCUGCUGAAUAUUAUUUUGUUGUUGGGGUUUUGUUUUUUUAUGUUGUAAUGGCAGCUACUGGUACACAUCAACACUGUUGAACCUGGGGUCUGGUUUUACAAACGUGGC